GCAGCAACAGCAGCAGCAGCCGUGAGGACGGACGACACACUCUGCAGUCAAGAUGAGUGCUGGGGAUGUGGUUUGCGACGGCUGGCUCAUUAAAUCUCCUCCAGAGAAGAAACUAAAGAGAUUUGCGUGGAGGAAACGCUGGUUUGUGCUUCGAAGAGGUCGCAUGAGCGGCAACCCUGAUGUACUGGAGUACUACCAGAGUAAGAACUCCAAAAAGCCAAUCCGCACCAUCGACCUGAAAGAGUGUGAGGUCGAGAUGCUCAAUGGGCAGCUCAGGAUAAAGCGAGACUUCCAUGGGAAACACCUCUUUGUGGUAAAGACGUCAUUUCGUGUUUUUUACCUGGUGGCCAAAACGGAGGAGGAGAUGAACUGCUGGAUCAGUAGCAUCAGUCAGAUUUGCCAGUUUGGGAACCUGGAGGAUGCAGAGAGCUCAGAAGAAGGCUUUCCUCACACGCCGACCUCCCUUCAUCUGUCACCUGACGGCGCUGACCGAGUGUCGCUAUCAAGCCUACCAGACUCCAGUCACCCACUGGACUACCUAUUCCUCUCACAGUGUGAGACGGGGAGUGUGUGUAGGAAUGAGAGCUUCUCAAACUCUGAGAUCUCUCUGGAGCAGAAGUCAUCAGAUGAUGCCGUCAAGGACAUUGUCCCAUCACCACUUUACACCGACUCCUCUUCAUCCUCCAUCUCUCAUGCCAGCCACAGUCCAUCUGUUUUCCUCCACGGAAGGUUGACUAACCCUCCUUUCAGCGCUCCAUGCACCUCUAUGGCUUUACCGUCAUCAUCCUCCUCUCCGCUGCGUCACUGCGCCACAAGUGUCUUCCGGUUUGACAAGCCUUAUUCCUCUGCAUCGUUUGAGGCAACGAGUGACAGACAAACGCCUCCUCCGCUGCCACCCAAGUCUAAUCACCUGUCAGAGCCGCAGAGUGAUGAAGGAGCUCACAGGCCGAUGGCAACCAGCGCACAACAUUUCUCAAACCACGCCGCAUUAUUUCACCGCAGGACCUCUUUGUCAAGCCUGGACCAUUUCAGAAUAGGAGAUGCUGACAGAUCAAUGAGGAACAGGAGGCAGAGUCUGAAUCUGCAGCCUUGUUUACAUACCACACACGUUCAGAGCUACCAGGAUGAGUCAUAUGUCCCCAUGGCUUCCCCGUCUCCCUCUGCUGCCACCACUGAAUGUGAUGGCUACAUACCCAUGAGCCCCAGGACACUCGGUUUCCUAAACACAAACUGCAGCGGUGAGUCCUCCAUGACUCUCGGCACACUGGUGUGUCAGCCUGGAGAUAUUGCACCUCCUCCAAUUCACCGGCAUCUCAAGCCUCGCUUAAGGAGAGCUCGACCUCCACCUCUUGACUUGAGAGGCCUCUCCACAAUCACAGAAUGUCCCACUCAUAUUCCUUUGAUGAGAGCAAUGACUGAAUCAUGCUUUUCAGCAAACUGUUUACCUCUUGAAAGAAGGCUUGAGAACGGGGUCAGUCCAAGAGAUGAAGAUGCAAUCUGCACUGCAAUGGAGUCGAGGAAUCAUUUCUGUCUCACCUUUGAUGGAACGGUUCAGCCCUGGGCGAGAAGAUCCAACCUGGACUAUCUGUCACUGGAUUUCAAUUCUGCAUCCCCCUCUCCUGUGCAGAAGCAGAAGCCCCUUCUGUCCGACGAGCACAGAGUGGAUUAUGUGCAGGUGGACGAGAAGAAGACUCAGGCGCUGCAAAACACAAAAAUGGAGUGGACAGAUGUCCGACAGUCAAAAACAUAAAUGGAGUAUGCGUGCUGAAAAAAAAAAAGAAUAAUUUGGUUUCAAGUAGACCAGCCAUAACACCAGCAAGAAGGACAUCAUAUGAAGAGGACCAAAACCAAUUUAAAAGCACUUUGAAAAACAGCACUGAUAUAAAAGUACAAGUAAGCAGUCAGAUGCUUGCUUGUUGAGUGGAAGCACAAAAUUGCACUGCAAAACAUUCUCUCUCAGUAGAUCUACACUGUAAAUAAUACCAGAUUGUGCACUGUAUCACAAGUUUUUAACUGUAGCAUAACGAUUGACCAAAUCUUGAAAAGGGCAUCAUACUGCUUAUUGUAAAAUCAACAUGUGAGACUUGCUGUAAAUGUAUGUACAGUAAAUGUGUAAAGAAGACAAAUAUUUUAAUGAUAAAAUGUUUUAUAUAUCAUUCUUUCCCUCAUAAUGACUCAUCCUGAGCUUUCUCCUUCUCCCUCUGUGACCUUCAUAUCGAAGAUGUUUGUCGCUUGAUUUUUGUGAUUACUCAUCGACAUCGUUUUCCUGUUUACUGAGGUUUGAGAAUAUAAAUCUUUGCUGAUUUUAAGAGAGCGCUCUUUUUGUGGCUAACCUUAUCUUGCUUCUGUAGCUAAAUAUCACAUCCAUGACUCAAGAUUCAACAGAAGCAAAUCAUCCUUCUCUGUUGACAUGAACAAAGUCAAAAAUUAAACGGAAAUAAUUUUAUCUUCCUUGUUAAAGCCGUUUAACAGACACCAUUUUCUCCCAUUUUCUGUGCAUCUUUACAUCUUUUUUUCCCAUUUUUAAUUUAUUGUGUUUUGUUUAUUUAUUUAAUUAUAUGAUGUUUUUUGUUUUGUUUUCUGUAUGUGCCUCUCCCUGGCAUUUCCAAAUGUUUGAGCUCUGAUAAAUAAAUAAAGUUUAUAUUUUAAAAAAAA